CUCAGGGGGCCCAAUGGCGGCACCAGGCUGAAGGCGAACGCCUGGCCGUCAUGGCAGCGGACUGCGCUGGUAUCGCCCUGAGUUGUCACGGCACCACCAUGAAGUGUCAUGUGAAGCCUCCUGGCAGUGGGUCACCACCAAAUAAGGUGGCCACCAGUCCCUUAUUACAAGAAUGUCCUUUAUUUUUCAUCUCUGAACAAGAUUGGGAGUUAUUGAGUGCUGCAAAAACAGCAAGAAAUACCCCCACGCGAAUGUAGACAUUGCUCUAGAGACAAUGGAGCUAGUAGAAGCUACACAGCCAGCAGAUACAGGAGAGCCUAAGGAGCCAGAAUAUUCUAACCCUCUCCUGAGGCAUGCUCUCACUGGAGAUGUGGAAGGUGUGCAGCAGAUUUUUGCCGACCCAGAAGACCCUGAUGGUGAAAAGGCCAUGCAACUUCUCAUGGAAAAGGACAUCGUAGGGAGAGACCUACUGUACGCAACCAGCAUGGCUGGACAGAGUGCAGUCAUCAGAGCACUGGCAAAAUACGGAGUGGUCAUGAAGGAUAAAACAGCCAGAGGUUACACACUCCUCCACUGUGCUGCGGCCUGGGGCCAGCUGGAGACUUUGAAAACUCUGGUAGAACUGGAAGCUGAUAUUCUAGCAACGACUUUCCAGGGUGAAAAGGCCCGAGAUAUAGCCCACCGUUAUACACAGACAGACUGUGUCGAAUUCCUGGACUGGGCAGAAGCUAAGCAGGCUCUGCAGACGUUCAUUGCCCACAUCCAGGCAACGAUUGCAGACCCAGAGAAGGUGCAGGGAAGGCUGAACAAGGAAGACAAGAACAUGUCUCUCAGCGCCUGUCGUGUAAAAUCUGACUGGCUUGAGAACGCCAAGGAGCCCACCAGACAAGACUUCCUGGAUCAGAAGCAGCAGCUGGAAGAUAUCUUGCUUCCCAUCUUCACAAAGCUGGCCACGCCCCGUCCUCCGACAGCUAAGAGCACCAGGUCGACAUUGAACUGCAGCAAAAUCUGAAGCUUCAUUUCCACAGCU